AUGUGCCUCUUCUCUCUUACUUGUUUGCUACCUGCGGCGCCUCUCUGCGGAGUUUUCCCCCUGGCAGUGCGGGCGGACCGCGUCGCCCCGGUGCAUGGGCGCGCCGAGGCACAAUUGCCGCGUUGCGCCCCCUUUCGCUCUCCCUUUUCUUCUUUCUGUUUGGGACAGGCCCGAGGGCGGGGGCCCUCCGUGCUGGCGCGUGUUUCCUUUGCUUUUGCCCCACCGCGGCAGUUGCGGCGGGGAGGCGACGUCCCCGCCGCACAAAACCCCGCCCCUGCCCGUGGGGGAAAUGGACGCAGUGGGAAGGAAAAAAAGGAACAGGGAGGAGAUGGGCACCGGAGUGGCGCCACUGGGCCGGGCUGCGUGCGGCACACGCGGCGUGGCUGUGGGGGCGAAGGAACACGUUCGCGGGCACUCGGCAGACGAGGCGCCGUCGCCCGCAUUUCCGCGGCCGAGCGGACGGCGCUUGCGGCGUCUGUGUGCAUUUCCCUUGCGGCCGAGUCCGCACGUGCGGUGUUCCUCGCCGUAACUGCGCCGGCUGUGGCUGCUGGCGGCAAACCAACACGCCGCCGCCCUUUUUUCUCUUUCGCGCACCGCUUUGCGGCGGGGAGCCCUCCCCCGUCGGCGCCCGGCACCCGGAAG